UGACGUUUGCUUGAUUGUUUAUGCUUGUUUCGAUUUCGGCGUCUUGAUUUCUAUCCAUAUUUUGUGUUGAAUUUGAUUUCCAAUUCAAUUGUAUUAUUUGCAUUUAUCAAUAGGAAAAGUAUUACAAAAGCAUAAUCAUGGCUCUCAGAACAUACGGCGAUAAGCCGAUUAGUUUUCAAAUUGAAGAAGGUGGAGAUUUUUACUGUGUUGGAUCAGAGGUUGGUAACUACCUACGGCUGUUCCGUGGGUCUCUUUAUAAGAAGUAUCCUGGUAUGGCCAGGAGGACUCUAACUAAUGAAGAGAGAAAACGACUGAUUGACAAUGGUCUAGGACCACAUGUACUCUCAAGUUCUGUUUCAUUGCUAAAAGCUUCUGAAGUUGAAGAUAUUAUUGAAGGAAAUGAUGAUAAGUACAAGGCUGUAUCGGUGAGUCAGGAGUUAGCAACACCGAGAGAGAGCAAGAGUAAGAAGCCACACAAUCCAUCAUGGCUCCCAGUGAUGCCAAACUCUUCACAUUUAGAUGCAGUACCACAAGCUACACAGAUCAGCAGAACUAGAGUACACAAUAAAAAGGUGCGCACAUUCCCGUUAUGCUUUGAUGAUACAGAUAUGACGGCGAUGUUGGAGAACUCCUCGCAGAAGCAGAUCCUAGUGCCAAUUCGUCUUGAUAUGGAGAUUGAGGGGCAGAAACUAAGGGAUACAUUCACCUGGAAUAAAAAUGAAUCAAUAAUAACACCGGAGCAAUUUGCUGAAGUUCUCUGCGAUGAUUUAGAAUUGAAUACGGUGACUUUUAUACCGGCAAUAGCGUCAUCCAUACGUCAACAGAUUGACGCGUUCCCGAACGAACCACCCGCCAUAUUAGAAGAGCAAAGCGACCAAAGAGUUAUUAUUAAACUUAAUAUUCACGUUGGUAACACUUCGCUAGUAGAUCAGGUUGAAUGGGAUAUGUCCGAGAAAGAGAAUAACCCUGAACAAUUUGCUAUGAAACUGUGCGCUGAGCUGGGUUUGGGAGGGGAGUUUGUGACGGGCAUAGCUUACAGUGUACGGGGACAGUUGGGCUGGCAUCAACGGACUUAUGCAUUCAGUGAAGCACCAUUGCCUGUUGUUGAGACACCAUACCGCCAGCCAUCAGAAGCAGACCAAUGGGCUCCGUACCUGGAGACUCUGACGAAUGCAGAAAUGGAGAAGAAGAUACGAGAUCAAGAUAGGAACACGCGCAGAAUGCGACGUCUCGCCAACACUACACCGGAUGUGUCGUUGAGCCGGGCCGUCAACCGACUGAUCCGUGCCGACGAGGCCCUCUUCCAGAACACGCCGGAUAAGAGGAGGAAAAAGAUUUAAUCGCCCAACGCUUGCCGACAUUCCUGCUUCAUUAUUAUAAGGAUUUUAUUAUAGUAUGCUUUUAUAUAAAAAAAAUAACAAAAAACGAACUCGAGUCGCGAACAUCUCUAGGAUAGGUAUCUUUCAAUAGAGAAUCGCAAAAUGUGAAAUAGAUAUAAAACUACUACAAAUAAGACCAUAUAUAUAAAACUCCCCUUAGAACCCUAUUGCCCCCCCCCCUAGACCGUCUAGACUCCCUAGGUCAUCGACUAGCGUCGCCUGACUAGUAAAAAAUGAUAAUAUAAUAGUAUUCAAAUAUCUUGUCGGCUCGGAAAAACCGCACGAAAUAGCGCAGAACAAAUUGUUGGUUUGACGACGUACAGAGAUAUAGGACAAGUUGACCUUGAGCCGACAAGAUAUUUGAAAUGUCUUAUACCUAUGACUGGUUACGUCACAGAUUAGUAACAUCAAAAAAUUAAUAUCAAGCUAUUAAAUGCAUGUUGAAUGCGACUCUUAUAUUGUUAUUUCCUGUUGAAGUUUUUACUACUUAAUGCCUGGUACAUACUUAGCCAGGACAGUGGGACAGUAGCGCUAAAGCUGGACUUAUAUCCUUCAAUAAUGGCCAGUAACUCCAUGAAAACUGUAUCUGGCUUUCGCCACUGUCUUACUGUUGUGGCCUAGUGUGAACCAAGCUUUAACUACGUAUCACCGCGGCGACUACACGUUGAUGACGGGUAGAUAUUGCGGCAGUAUAAGGUGGGUCUUAUACAACUUUAAACAGCUUAAAGAAUUCGAAAAUCCCGGUAUUAUAUCACUUUUUAUAUGUACGCAAAUGUAGUUUUAUAUUUUCUCGUAAUAUGGCGAGAGUUAUAUUUCUGGUCUAUACAACAAUUGAAUAGCCUGAUGCUGUAAAAACAUACGUAAAAGGUAUGUAAUCUUAGAUUAUAGUGUUUUUUU